AUGACCCCCAUCCCUUCUCCAAAGUGUUCUGGCCGUGGACAACCAAUGACCCCCAUCCCUACUCCAAAGCGUUCUGGCCAUGAACAACCAAUGAUGCCUAUCUAUACUCCAAAGUGUUCUGGCAAUGGACAACAAAUGGCGUCCAUCCCUACUCCAAAGCGUUCUGGCCAUGGACAACCAAUGACCCCCAUCCCUACUACAAAGCGUUCUGGCCAUGAACAACCAAUGACCCCCAUCCCUACUCCAAAGCGUUCUGGCCUUGGACAACCAAUUACGCCAAUCCCUACUCCAAAAUGUUCUGGCCAUGAACAACCAAUGACUCCCCUUCCUACUCCAAAGCGUUCUGGCCAUGAACAACCAAUGAUGCCUAUCUAUACUCCAAAGUGUUCUGGCAAUGGACAACAAAUGGCGUCCAUCCCUACUCCAAAAUGUUCUGGCCGUGGACAACAAAUGACCCCCAUCCCUACUACAAAGUGUUCUGGCCGUGGACAACAAAUGACCCCCAUUCUUACUCCAAAGCGUUCUGGCCAUGAACAACCAAUGAAACCCGUCCCCCUUCCAAAGCAGUAUUGGCCACGAACAACCAAUGAAGCCUGUCCCUCUUCCAAAGCAGUAUUGGCCAUGAACAACCAAUGA